GUAACAUUGCUCAGUGCUCACUCUCAGCGGUUGCUACGGUGAUCAUCCUCACAAGUCACAAUUCGAAAGUUUGUAAUCACUUUUUACUCUUUAUAUAGCCUGGUCUGGCCUUAAAUCUUUUAUGCCCGACAAGUUUCACCGAGUACAUACAUACAAUUUUUAUCUUUCUCAAACCUUCUGAAUCGUUCUACGGCGUGGACUUCAGGCCGGCUCCUUCCCUCUUACUUACUGUCUCUACAUAGUCAUUCCCUUUGCUUUCCAUCUUUUAAUUUACUUCACUCUUCCUUUAACCCGCCCGUUCGCUCUUUAAGAUGUUUAUCAAGCACAUUGCGGCUUUCAUUGCGUACGGGCUCCUGGCAGUGUCAUCGACAGAUACACGAUCGAAAAGCACUCAUGUUUCUCGACGUGUCCAUCACCGCCGUUUGGGACAAGCAGCGUCUUUUACCGGUGUGAUAUCGCAUCGCUCGCCUAUCCAGAAGAGAGCCACAAGCCAUCCAGCUCCUGGUCGCACCGAAACACACACCACAUCUUCUUCCAAUUCGUGGUCUUGGUGGUCUUGGACAUGGUCACCCAGUUCGACUACGAUCCAGAGUGCACCCCAACGCACCGAAACACACCAAGGAAUCAUUAACAAUCCGAAACACAAUCCGUCUCGCACGACUCCCAUCACUCACUACACACCAAUUUCCUCGCCAACUCAUCAUAAUAAUACUCCACUCCCACCUCACGGAACGGAUGAGUACAGAUGGGUGGUCUCCCAUAAUAAGGUUAGAGCUAAGUACGGCGUUCAACCCUUGGCUUGGGAUCACGGACUAGCACGCUCGGCAAAACAAUGUACCCAGACCUGUGUGUGGAAACACACAUCGAACGACGUGUUUGGGGAGAACAUCGCUGCUGGCCAACCUACUAUCGAGUCCGUGGUCGAUGCAUGGGUGAACGGGCCCACUGAGAAGGGCGCAUAUGUCCCCUCAAACCCGGUGGAUUCGCACUUCACUCAGGUCGUUUGGAAAGAUUCUACCAAAGUCGGUUGCGCACUCACCUCAUGCUCAGUCGUUUCAGGCUCUGGACUUCCUCAAUCUCCUGUGCUAUUCUGGGCCUGUGAAUAUGACCCUCCGGGAAAUGUUGAAGGUGAAUACACUCAAAACGUUAGAGCUUUCCAGGGAGGUGCACCUGAAGUAUAAUCAACAACGAACGCUCCUUCGACGCCCUUUUACGGAUUUGUCUUUCUUUUCUAUUUCCUACUUAUCUUGAUUUGAACAUUCAUUUUUUUUCUACCUUCUACGAAGAGACUAUGUGCUUUCUUCUUAUUACUCCCUUCGUGGGCCUUACACUUUUCUCAAAGAAAAUAUAUUUAUUCAGGGCUAGGCCCAUUUAGCUACUUUUGUGGUUGGAACCAAGUGUAGCAUACCUUUGUUUAUAUUUCUUCUCAUCUUUGUCGUAGAGACUUGUGUUCUUCGAUACUAGAAUUGUUUACCGGCUUUUUCGUACUUACUUACCGGUUUACGUAUCCUUCGUUUGUUAAUUGAAAUCACAAUUCCAUGUCAGCUUGAUUUUACUCAACCUUUCAUCUC